AUGAGCUUUGCAGCAAAGCGGUUGCAGAAGGAGUUGGCCAAGGUGAGAUCUCAUGCGUCCUUUCCCACCCCACACACUGUCGACGACAAUCGCCAACACAAAGUGCCUUGGCCCUCUUCCCGUCAGAUUCAUAGUAGUGGCCUCCCUCCUGGCAUCAGCCUAGUGACUGCAGAUAAUCUGGAAGAAUGGACCGUCGAUGUUCAGGUUCUCGACCAGAAUCCCCUCUACCUAGACCAAACCUAUCGUCUUUUAUUCAAGUUCAAUAAAUCUUAUCCGAUCGAACCACCCGAAGUUGUAUUCGUCCACUUGCCUGAUCGGCCGAUUCCCAUCCACCCACACAUCUACUCUAACGGCAUCAUCUGUCUGGAUUUGCUCGGCUCGGCUGGCUGGAGUCCCGUUCAGAAUGUUGAGAGUGUAUGCAUGAGCCUGCAGAGCAUGUUAACCGGAAACUCCAAGAACGAGCGACCGCCCGGGGAUGCUGAAUUCGUCCGGACCAACCGGCUACGGCCAAAGGACAUUGAAUUUUACUACCACGAUAACAAGGUGUAG